CUAGUGAUUUUCAUUGUCGACUGGUACUUUGAGGUGUUAAGAACUUAACUCCACAGCUCAAAUCUGAAUAAAGCUGGAAUAUCUAAGUUGAAAAAUGAUGUCAUUCACCUACGUCCAAGUGUUUCUAGUGGCGUGUUUGGUUGCUUUGUGCAGCGGUAGUGAAACGAAAACUUGUCCGCAGAAUGAGGUUUAUCUGACGUGUGGACCGUCCUGCCAAACUGAGUGUGAAAGUUUAAAUAAACCUUGCCUUAUCCGACACAUUAGAUGCCCAGAUGGUUGCUAUUGCAUUAAAAAUUAUGCCCGGAUAUCCCCAGGCGGAAGAUGUGUACCAAUAUCACAGUGUCGUCGGAGAAACUAAACUUUGAUCGGGUCUUUUCUUUACCUAAGAAAGCCAGUUAAUCGGUAGCAAGAGUG